CAUUUCACUAAAACGAUGCUACUGUGCUAAGGUUAAUGUGAAAUUAUUGUUUAUAGUUUAUAGAAAGUAAAAAGGAAAUCCUACAUCUAAGUUAUGUGAAAGAAAUGUUAGCUAAAGCUUGCCUACUCCUGAUACUAAGCUGGUUGUCAGCGUGCGUGUGCCGAGGGCCGCACCACCCGCACGGACAUCACGCAGUGGAGCACAAGCACCAACACUACAAGCCUAGAUCGUCAGACUCUCUUACCAGCGACACAAAGCUGUUACACGAUACCAAGCAUUUAGAAGAAGAUGCGAAGGUUCUAACAGCGGAAGCUUUGGCCAACAUGACGCCGGAGGAACUAGAAUUCCACUACUUUUCGUCUCAUGAUUACGAUAGAAACUCGAAAUUAGAUGGAUUAGAAAUGUUAAAAGCAGUAUAUCACACGAUUGAACAUGCAUUUCCUGAGGAACAAGAGGAUGAUUCUAUUGAACCAGAAACCACAGAUAUGGACGCGUUCAUUGCCAUAGUGGAUCGCACCCUCCUAACUGAUGACACCGAUGGUGAUGGAUAUGUAUCGUAUUCGGAGUACAGAGCUGCCCGUAUCAAUAAUACUGAUGAUAGGACGCCAAGGAUUGUAAAUCAGGUGUAAUGUUUUGACUACACUCGUCCUACGUGCACUGGUAGCGCUGGCACGGCAUCCCCCGCUCGCCCCUCGACGCCGCCUCUCUGAUGCCGUUGGAUAUGUCCUCGUAUGGCUCUAACUCGAUGCUGUUUCUGGAACAAUAAAUGUUGAAUUUGU